UUCUCAUUGACAAUCCUUUGUGUGUGACUGCUGUGCAUCUCUGGAAAUAUAAAGAUUGCCUGUUCUUGACUUUUUACUCUUUAAUUUUCUCUUGUCUUACUUAUCGCACAUCACAAAAUAUGGAAGUCAAUCCACCAGAACUUAAGCGCGAUGGAACUAUGCAAGUCACAGCAAAGGAGGGAGCUGAAUUCUUGAAGAGGUCUGGAGCAGAGGAUCUUAUUCCAGCAGUGGAUGGUGAGGGAGAUGCUAAACCAGAUCUCAAACGAGAUACCACAAUGGCUGCCACGCUAAAGGAAGGAGAGGCAUUCCUAGAAUCGAGUGGCAAGCCAGACGAGACGGCAAGGACGAGAGGAGAGCAGGAGCAGAUUGAUGAAGCUCUCGCUGCCAGUGAGAUCCCAGCCAUCCCUAGGGAUAACACCAUGCAAGUCACAGCAAAGGAGGGUAAGGAGCUUUUGGGAGAUGAACCGAUCGGAUCAACACGAGCAGAAACAGAAGCCCUCAAGGAAGUAGCAGAUGAUGCAGAAGUUGUAGAGGGUGAAGACGAUGAUGAAGACGACGAUGAAGGUGAUGAAGAUGAGGAGAACGGUGAUGAGGAGGAAGAUGAAGAAGAGAAGGCCAAUCUCAAACGAACAAUUACCAUGGCAGAGACUCUUGCUGAAGGUGAGGAGUUCCUGAAACGGCAGAAGACGAAUGGAGAUGCGAAGGAAGAGGCACCGCAGGCAGAGGCUGCGUCUUGAAGAGCGCCCUCUACCCAACGAUGGAUCGGUACCUCAGUCACACUAUGGCCUUCAUUGUAUAUUCCCCGGCCAAGAAGCUAUUACGAGGUCACACACACACACUUGUACAGUCUAUACAAAUUUACAAGAACGAAACAAGAAAACGUAGUGUAGUUUCUUGACUUCGGUUCACUAACAAAUUUAACAAAAAGACUCAGAUGUUUUAGAUGUACUGUAUUUGUAGACAUUGUUCGUUUUACGUGUUUGAUGAAUUUUUUACUUGUAAUUUGUAUAUUUUUUCACUAGAGUGGAAUUUGCAAGCUUUCUAGUUAAUGGUAGUAUUUUUCAACUGAAACUUUGAUUUGCCUAAUCCCUCAUGUAUAAUAUUCAUUGUUAAAUUGAAUUGGUAUCUCCACCUAUGAUAACUUAUAUUUAUCAUGAUAUUUUGAAUUACAUGUGAUAGUUAGAUAUGCUUGAUUUGUUUUCUUUUGUUAUGGACAAACCUUGUAUCGUCUUGCUAGAUGCAAGAUGCAGUCCCACAGUGCAAGUUAUGAUUUUCUAAGAAUUUCCCUUCCCUUUUUGUAUUUUUUAUCUGUUCAAAGGCUUUGUAAAUUAGCUCGGCUUUGUAGAUGAGCGCUGGUCGAUCAUUGUGUUUGGGAAUCAGAAUAUCUAUCCAUGUACAAAAAAAGAAAUAAAAGAAAAAAUUGCAUGCCCAAGUAUAACAUGUACGUGUAUGUGCACAGUGUUUGUAUACCAUGUCGACUGCAAGAACAUGAAGGGUAUUGUCAAAUAGAAAAUCAAACUUCAAAUCAUCUCAUUUUUAUCCAUCAUCUCACUGUAUUUAUUCUCUGAAAAAUCUUACGAUUGUAAGGAAACAGAUUUAACCAAUGCUGCAUUUUCAACUGAAAUGUUGAAAAACAAGAAAUUUCACUUGUCAAUUCAUUGCCCAUGUGAUUAUGAUUGUUAGCAUGGAUUUACAUUACAAUGAUCCUAUUGUACAUACUGAAAGCCAAGUUUGUCUUGUGAUAUGUGCUCACUUUUUCCAUCGCUAUCAGUAUUCAUUUAGGAAAUGUCGUAAUGUACAAACUGAUCCAUAUAUAAGAAGUGCUCAUUAUCAUAUCAGUAUUUAUUCACACGUUACAUGCUCACAAUUCUUACUUCUACCUUGAAAACCAAAAUGAAACCAUUUUUGUACAGGUUUGACAUAUAUUUGGAAGUAUGCAAAUCUAUGAAAAGAAACCAAUGCAUAGCAAGAAUGAUGCCCCGAUCGUUCUUGGUCAACUUUUGUGUACCUUGCUUUUACUUUUAUCCAGUUUUGUAGGUAAGCAAAUUUUAAAUGUUGUAGAUUUUCAUGAAAUAUUAUCAAACUCAAUUUUUACCUACCGGUACACAUAAUGUGAGUUUGAGCUCUUAUGCUGAAGGUGUAUUAAGAAUUUGUGGUGCAAACAUUUGGAGAGAGUGUAUGUAGGAACCUUUUAUCUGUACAAUUGUAUGCAUGAAUGUAAUAUAUUACUUGCCAAAGGUUUUUCUUCAAAAUGAAAUAUAAUUUAUUUUUAUUCAUUGUAUUUGAGAGAAAGAGAAGGACAAGUCAAAAUUUGACUGACAAGAAUGAGAGAGAGAGUAGAGUAAACGUAUUGUAAUUUUAUCUGUUCAUUUAGCCCUUAUAUAUCCCACCAGGCAAUCAUCUUAUGUAUUCUAACUUAAUUUAUUGAUAAAUUGUAUGAUAAAUUUUGUAAAAGCUCCAUGCCUUUCAUGUAACUAUUAUCAUAUAUCGUGAAGAACUAACAAUUGCAUGUAUGUGAAUGCCAUAUUGGCAUAUUGUUUUUAAAAGUAGAGCAAGAUAAAGAAGUUGAUCAAGAAAGAGUAGGGCAUCGUUAAAUCAGCACUCUUUAUUCCAUGGAUCUUUUUGUACAUUUUAUUGCACUUUCAUGUUCUGUUAUUGUGAAUUUUUAUGUGAACUGUGUCCUUGAAUUCCAAUGAAAGCAAAAUAUCCUUAUUCCAGUUAGUAUUAUCAAUGCUUUAGCAGUUGUAAAACUUUGUAUGAUGAAAAGUUGUCAGUCCUGCACCGUUUCUUAUGUGGAUGUGGAUUGUUAAAUGCUUUUUUUUUUCCUUUGCAAAUUUGUCAUUGUUUUUUCGGUCACAUGGUUUGUUUACGGCAAAUCUUUAGAAAUGGCAAAUUCAAUGAUUACAGAAUUCAUAAAUGCGACGGUGAUAGUGAAAUAAAUGCAAACAAAAUUUUGAUGGUAUUAGGCACAUA